UGGAGGAAAUGCCAUGUUUGGUCGUGUGACACUAACCGUUGCCAUAGGAGCAUUCCUACUCUUCUACACACUAGCAUCACAGAAACAGCAGUGGAGUCGCAAGGACAAGAGAGAGGUGGUGUCAACAGAAAUUCCUGCUGAGUAUAUUGACCCCGCAUCCAUUGAUCUCACUCCCCUGGUGAACACUCUCAUCAACACAACAAACACAGGAUCCCAACAUCUCUUCUCGCUGCUGACUGUGACAUCUCAUAGUUCACUGGCUCUACACAAACUCACACUGCUACUGUACAACAUCUCUAAUUUUAGGGACAUUGCAGACCAAUUUCCCAUGAGGUACUGUUACUGCGUGACCAAUCAAACGAAUGACCUCACAGACUUCACGGCCGUGUUGUUGGAUGUGAUGGGCAACUCCACCAGCUACCUUCAGGAACUCUUCAAAUCCAGCUCCAUUCUCUCAGUGAACCAAAAGAACAGCUCUGACUGCAUCUAUAUCUGUGUGAUGGCGGGAAAAUCAGAGAAGGAUCUCAAUGAGCUGUGGAACCUGGACUUGAUUACUCCCCUGUUCAACCAAACCAUCACUGAGGACACUCACAGAGAGGCAACAUUGGCUUCUCUUCACAUCAGGACGACGACUGCAACUACCACUACCACCAAGUCCUCACACAUUGAGAAACCAGGGUGCCCGUGGAGAGUGGAACUGACCCUGAGAGAGGACCUGAAGGAAAUCAGCCUAUCCCAGGACAUGCCCAGAGAGGACCUGAAGGAGAACAGCCUGUCUGUGGGGAAGCUGCAGCCCUGUGUGUUUGAGCUCUGCAAGUUCUACAACCAGUGCCUGUGCAGGGCACACACACACAGCAGGUUUUGUGAGGACAGUCUGGGCUGGUAUGAGAAGCACACCCAUGAAAUCUGCACUCGGGUGAGGAGAGUCGCCUUCUCAAGAAGCCUGAAACAGCGCUGCCUGUCCCGGAUGUGUGUGAAGAAACAGUGAUCUUCUGAAGUCACCCCAGAACACUCAAGCAUGCUUCAUUGUGUGUGUGUGUGUGUGUGUGUGUGUGUGUGUGUGUGUGUGUG